AUGAAAUUUCCUUGUGACUAAUAAGCAAUAAUAUUGCAGCUACCUAUCAACUUUGUUAAAGACUCUGCCGAAUUCCUGUUCCCAUUAUUCAACUACCAUUCUUUGUGCUCCCCUAUUAUUAAUAUCUUAACAUGAAGCAUCUCCGUUGCCCUCACAAACAAAGCAGCUCCCCAUUGGCUUUGCUGGCUUCAUUUCAUUUUCCAGGAAUUUGUGCCUCAUGGCUGACUCUCAAAACUCUUCUUCCAAUGGGGUUAGGAAUGAAACCCCUUCCAAUGAUACUUUCGCCGACUCUAGAUCAGAGGAAACAAGUGAAGCAUCCAAGCUAGAGUUCUCCGAAGACGAAGAAAUGCUUAUCAUAAGGAUGUUCAAUCUGGUUGGAGAAAGGUGGUCUCUGAUUGCCGGAAGGAUCCCAGGAAGAACAGCUGAGGAAAUUGAGAAGUACUGGACUUCUAGAUAUUCAACAAGCGAAAUGAAAUAACAGAUCAAAUAGGUUGGCGCUUUUCUCCAACCAAAGCAUAUUAAUUAAUUGGGUUUAACAUAUUUGAGGAGAGAACUCCCGGCCAAUUAAUUAAGGGGGGGAUCAUUCCGUCCCAUUUGUGCAAAAUCUGGGCAAUUGCCGUCGAACAAUCAACAUAUAUACCACCCCGUGGCCGGCCACGGUGAUUGAUGCUUUGGAUUUCAGCCUUAGCCUUGUAUUGUGAUUAUUUCCCCAUCGUGUGUACAAGACAUCCAUGUGCUCUUCUUGUUUAUGUACAAAAAAUAAGGUGCUAUAUUAUAUAUGAAAAUGGGUUCAAACCUGGAUAUUCACGUGU